AGUUCAAGUCAGAUUCGAACACUCAUACGGACAGUGAAGAGUGCAGCUCCAUCAGACAGACACUGAGGCGAACGAACUCAUUUGGGAACAGCUGGUAGCAGUUGACUUCUAAUGUCACAGUGGACGCUGUGAAGAUUUCUCUUCAGUUUUGGCUGUGCACUAAAUGGACACUGAGUGGACCCUGUUGUAAAAAGUGCUGCAGAAAUUAUUUUAAACUGAAUUAAGUGGACCCUGAGUGGAUCCUGAGUGGACUCUGAGUGCUUGCCUGGAUGCCGGUUGACGUGGUGAUUGCUCCUCCACUGUGGACAGACAUGCACGAGAGUGAGAUGAAGCUGAAGAUUCGCGUGCGGCGCAUCAAAGAGGGACGCGACCUACGAGGUGGGCACGAACAUGGGUCAGACAGAGGAAGAGGCUUUGCCGCUUUCUCCUCCUGUUUCCCUGAUCUGUGUGAGAGCAAGCAGGCAUCUAUACUCCCCCUCAGCCUGUCUCAACCAUGCCUACCUGUGGCCAACUUGGGCCCAACCCGCAUUCUGCCUCACCUGUACCUGGGCUCACAGAAAGAUGUCCUCAACAAGGAACUCAUGGCUCAGAAUGGUAUCACCUAUGUCCUGAAUGCCAGUAACACCUGUCCAAAGCCAGAUUUCAUCAGCGAGAACCACUUCCUGCGCAUUCCCGUCAAUGACAGCUACUGUGAAAAGCUGCUCCCCUGGCUGGAGAAAACCAAUGAAUUCAUUGACAAAGCCAAAUUGUCAAACUGUAGAGUCAUUGUCCACUGUCUGGCAGGAAUCUCCCGCUCUGCAACCAUUGCAAUCGCUUACAUCAUGAAAACCAUGGGCUUGUCAUCGGACGAUGCCUACAGGUUUGUGAAGGAUCGUCGGCCCUCUAUAUCUCCUAACUUCAACUUCCUAGGACAGCUGCUGGAGUUUGAGAGAAAUUUAAAGCUGAAGGCCCCUUUACCAUGCAGCCCUUUGAGGUCAACAACUGAUCACCCCGAGGAUGCCACUAAGAUUAUAGUGGAGCAGAGCACAGAGAAUAGCCAGCCUUACCAAAGAACCCAAGAAAUGGUCGUGGUAAAAGCCAAGCUGCCCUCACCUACCUCGUUGCAGAGAGACCUCAGCAGCCUCAACCUGUCUGCAGACCAAGUCCUCCACAACAACCGACUCAAGUGCUCCUUCUCCCUCGACAUCAAGUCUGUCUACUCUUCAAACCAGCACCAUCGAACCUCCCCCAGUAUCUCACAAACAGACUCAGAAAAUAUGCCCAAGCUUUUCAAGCUCAAUAGUCCAAAGAACACCAACCAUGAGUGCCGGUACGCUUCAUCUCAAGAUAUCCCAAAUCCGCCUGAAUCACGAUGUUCGCCUGUUGUGAUAGAACCAAAGAUAAGUCACCGGAUGGACAGACAAGACAAUGGUAAAUUUGAGAGGUUAUCAGCUACAACUAUUUCCCUCAAUCUAAAUCAGAAUAAGCGAUUUCCGGUAGUACAUGAUCCUGUCCAUGGCACCAAUGGGAAGGCAUCUUCCUUCCUAAGCUUGCCCUUGGAUACCUCUGGCAUCUGGACCAAGCACAGAAGCACAACCCAAGCCACCACACCCAUCACACCCACAGAAGAACACCCAUGGUUCUUUGGCUCUGACCUGGAUGGCCCUUCAGUGACAACUGCUGGUAGUUCUGUGCGAUUUGGUGGUACUUCUACUUAUGCAUCAUUGAGCAGUGCUCCCAGUUCCAGUGUUCAGAUGUCCUGGGACAAACCUCAGAUGGAGACACAGUUCAAGCGGCGCAGCUGCCAGAUGGAGUUUGAAGAGAUCACAACUGGCAGCACAGAAGAGUUUGGCAAGCUUGGGAAGCAGUCCAGCUUUUCCGGAAGCAUGGAAGUCAUCGAGGUAUCAUGACACAAAAAGGGUCUGAAGUGAUACUGGCCACUGUGAAGCUUCCAAAGCUCAGAGAUACUACAUGAAAGAAGACUUUAUUACUAGAGAGCUCUAUUUUGAAAGAUCUGCUCUCUCUCAUAUGGUUUUACUUGACUGGACAGAGAUUACCCAGAGAGAGACCAGUUGGGAAAGGACAUAUUGCAUGCACAGAUGCAUGCAAUUAUGAGCCACUGCGCUAUGUUCUCAAAGAACUGUGGGCUCAGACUCCAAAGUGCUGUAGAGCUUUGGUGCUCCCUGUACUUUUGUGAUAGGGAUAAUAGAGUAGAUGACAUAAGUCACACCAAAGGGCAAAAAUAAACUCGUGCAGACGUGUCAUCUUGAGAUGCCCUCCACAUGAAGGAUUCACACUAGGGAAAUUUAUUUUACAGCAUGGCUAAAGAAACGUCAAUAUGAAUGAGCUCGUUACAAAGCAAUAGAUUGUUUCUAUCAGCCUGAGAACAACUUUAAAGUAAAAGAAUUGCUGUAUUAUAUUUACGCUCCAUUUUUAAGAUCAUUUUAGAGGGCUCUUUAAUAUUGUCAACAGUGUUAUCAGCUGCCUUGAGGAUUCAAUAGUUUGCGAAGAUAGACUGUGUGUUAAACUGAGAUGAACUCAGACAUACUACUGUUCACUGGGCAUGCUCAGAAAUGGCUGGCUACCUACAAACAGACAAGCUGCAUCCUAGCAGUACUAAGCUUUACAUGUAUGCAGAAUUAUUACAUAUGUAUAUGUAAAAGAAAAAAGGUAACUGCAAUUUAAAUGGACUAUUUAAUGUUUCAUGCAUUAUUGUUUUAAUUUAUUGUAUCGGUUUCAUUCUGGCAAUGAGCAAUAAUAUAAUAUUUGAAGAUUC